GUAGUUACGUCAGUCAGACGUCCACGACGUCAUCACGUUGUCUAACUUCCUGUAGACGCAGGGUCCGUUCUGCAAAUCGUCCGCUGUUCUGGUUCAGAAGGCCAAAUAGCGACAACUGCGCUUCAAGGACGUGAUGGCUGCAACGUUGCGUUUACUUUACUCCGUGUCAAGGCCAGGCACUUUAGGGGCCAGCCAGAAUCUAGUGAGGUCCUUCAGUGUGUCCGCACAAAGGGAGGGAUUCAAGUAUGUGAAUGCUCAGGACAUCCCCACAGACAUGAAGUCCAUCACAGACCGAGCCGCUCAGACGCUGCUGUGGACAGAGCUCUUCAGAGGUCUGGGCAUGACAAUGAGCUACCUGUUCAGAGAGCCCGCCACCAUCAACUACCCGUUCGAGAAGGGCCCGUUGUCGCCUCGCUUCAGAGGAGAACACGCCCUGCGCAGGUAUCCUUCAGGAGAGGAGCGCUGCAUCGCCUGCAAGCUGUGUGAAGCUAUCUGCCCUGCCCAGGCCAUCACCAUCGAAGCAGAGACUCGCGCCGACGGCAGCAGGAGGACGACUCGCUACGACAUCGACAUGACCAAAUGCAUCUACUGCGGCUUCUGUCAGGAGGCCUGUCCUGUGGACGCCAUCGUAGAGGGUCCUAACUUUGAGUUCUCCACUGAAACCCACGAAGAACUGCUCUACAACAAGGAGAAGCUCCUCAACAAUGGAGACAAGUGGGAAGCAGAGAUAGCUGCCAACAUACAAGCUGAUUACCUCUAUCGAUAGACGCCACACACACACACACACACACACACACACACACACAGUGUACAGUUGGCACAUACCAGCAUAACCUCUCACACACAUACGUCCAUACUGUACAUACUGUAAGAAGACAGCAGUGAAGGAUGUGCUUCACAGUUGGAUUUGGGUUUGCAUCUUUUAUUUCAAACAGAACAUUACCAACACAUUUCCUUCGCUGUCAGUGUCAUCCCCUUCUAAUAUGGUGAACAUAUUUAUUGUGCAAAGAGAAAUAUUGUUGGCUGUACUGCCUUGGCAUGGUUCACUCUGUGAGCGUCCAGUGAGGACCGUGUGGUUGUGUCCGUACAGUCCCACUGGACUACAAAGCACAGAGUCAUGCUGUGACAGUAUCAGCGCUGUACACUGAUUGCAGACUUCAUCCUGGUUUUCUUUUGAUUCCGAUGUCCCACACAUGUAUACCUUGAUUAUUGUUAUUAUGUUGGGUGUCCAUGCAGAGUUUUAUGGUCUUCGUGCUGUUUUCACCCUGACUCAAAUAAUAAAAUUCUGGGGGAAACACUAAA